UCAACUCCUGCCCCUGUCUCUUUUCUCCUUCACUUUCUCCCUCACUCUAUCCCUCACUCUCCCCAUCUCUGUCUCUUUCCAGUGUCUAGUCCCUCACUAGCCAGUUACCAAGAUGGCCGCUUUGAAAGAUUUUUUGAAAGCUGAUGAUAUUCAGAAGGCCCUUGAUGCAGUCAAAGCGGAGGGUUCCUUCGACCAUAAGAAGUUCUUUGCUCUGGUGGGCCUGAAGGCCAUGACUCCUGACAAUGUCAAGAAGGUGUUCCAGGCUAUUGAUGCUGACCAGAGUGGAUUCAUUGAGGAGGAGGAGCUCAAGUUUGUGCUGAAGAGUUUCGCUGAGGCCGGCAGAGACCUGACCGACGCCGAGACCAGAGCCUUCCUUAACGCCGCCGACAAGGACGGAGACGGAAAGAUCGGCAUCGACGAGUUUGAAGUCUUGGUCCAUGAGGUGUAAAGAGCACCUAUAUCCUCCCCUUUCUCCUCCCCUGCGAAUUCAUGUUUUAAAUGCAACUCCCACCCCCAUCACCCAAAAAGCACCAUCGAGUCCAGGGUGAAGUUUCUCCUCGACACAGAUCUAGGAUCACCUUCCCCAAUCCCAACCUUAACCAUUAGUCGGGAAA